CGCUUAAAAAAUUUAUUGUACAACACAUAUUUAAUAGCACCUAGCGUAACCGAAGUUAGAAAUAAGGAUGUAUAAAAUGUACAUUGAGACAUCGAAGCGUUGGACACUCGUUUGACGCUUGUACGACGCUUUCUAUUUUCGCAAGAAGAUGCAUAUGUGCUUCCUAAUACGCUAAAUUUUAGAAAGAGAAAAGUACAUAUUAGAAAAGCUAGUAUUUCAAAGUAGACAUUUUUAAACUAUCAAACGAACUUGACUUUCUUAUAAGUUAUAAAUACCAUAUUAUUUUUCAAUAUGUCAUCUAGUGAAGAAACAGACAGUGAAGUUAUGCGGAAAAAUUACACGGAUAGACACAAACGUCGUUUAGCACAUAAAAAAAGUACAAAUGAAUUUAAAAGAAUAUGUAAUAAGAUUAAACAAAACAGAACUUGUAAUAUGUCAGCAAAUAAUAAUGAUGACCAAAUAGAUUUAUUAUUUUGUAAUUCCCGUACUGAUAUGGAAAAUUUACAACAUACCGACAACAUUUAUGUACAAGUGCCCGCAGAAAAUUGCGAUGAACUAAUAAACGAGGAAAUUUUUAAUAACUACAAUACAAGCAUUGAAACAGAAAUACAAUCAGAAAACCAAGAAAAUGAUAUCGAAAAUGCUGAGGAUACUGAAAACAUCGAAAUCAAUGAAAGAGAUAGUGACGUUGCAAAUAAUAUUCCUGCAUAUAAACUUGAGGAAAAUGAUUUUAAGUCUGAAAUUAAACAAUGGGCUGCAGAUCAUAAAAUAUGUUUAAAUGCAUUGACAAGUUUAUUACGAAUUUUAAAUAAAAGAACCAAUACAAAAUUUCCUAAAGAUGGACGUACGCUUAUGUCAACUCCAAGAACAUUAAUUAAUUGUGUUACUUCUAUGGAUAAAGGCUCUUAUUGUCAUUUUGGUGUUGAACCAGCUAUUUAUAAAAUGAUAGAAGACAGGAUAAGUUCAAAAAUUGAUAACUUAACAAUAAAUUUAAUAGUAUCUACAGAUGGUGCGCCAAUUGCAGCUUCUAAUGGAAAAGUAAUUUGGCCUAUUUUAUGUUCUGAUGAGCUUUUACUAAAAGUACGAGUCAUUGGUAUAUAUUACGGUAAAAACAAACCAGUAGAUUCAAAUAAAUUUUUUGAAGCUUUUGUAAAUGAGCUGUUACCGUUAAUAAAUAUUGGAUAUACAUAUAAUGGAAUACGUUAUAAAAUCAGACUGCAUGCUCUAGUAUGUGAUGCUCCAGCAAAAGCAUUUAUUUUAAAAGUAAAAAAUCAUACCGGUUAUAAUAGUUGUACAAAAUGUGUUAUUCAUGGCGAUCGCAUUAACGAUACCAAUUGCUUCCCAAUGGAAAAUAAUGAGUUAUUAAUAUUAAGAGACGACGAAGUAUUUCGAAAUUUUGGUUAUUCUGAAAAUUAUCAGAUAGCCGAAACAAUUUUAAGAAAUAUACCUUACUUUGGUGCAGUGAGUAAUGUGGUUCUUGAUUAUAUGCAUUUAGUGUGUUUAGGAGUCAUAAGAAAACUAUUAUUUUUAUGGAUAAGAGGACCAUUAAAUACACGUUUAUCUAGCUCAAGUGUACAACAAAUUUCAGAAAAAUUACUAUGUUUAAAGAAAUAUACGCCGUCUGACUUUCCUAGGAAAGCAAGAUCUCUUGAAUUCAUUAAAUUAUGGAAGGCUACAGAAUUCAGGCAAUUUUUAUUAUAUUCAGGUCCAAUAAUUUUAUAAAAUAUACUCGAUAUAAACGUUUAUGAGCAUUUCUUAACAUUACAUAUUGCGAUUCGUAUUUUGGCCAGCAAUGAAUAUAGUAAAAAUCCUCAAUUACUUGAUUAUGCAGAAAAACUUUUAAAAAUUUUUGUUCAAUCUUUUGCAACAAUUUACGGAGCUAAAUAUGUUUCUCAUAAUGUUCACAAUUUGCUACAUUUAACAUCUGAUGUAAAAAAGUUUGGUGCUCUAGAUGUUUUUAGCGCAUUCCAAUUUGAAAGUUACAUUUAUGAUUUAAAAAGACUAAUUCGAAAAGGGGAUAAACCACUUCAACAAAUUGCUAAAAGACUUUAUGAACUAAAUUUUUGUAUUAGUCGUUCCGAAGUACGUAAUAAAAAAUUUCUUGAUAAAAAUCACAAUAAUGGUCCAUUAGAUAAUGAUCGUGAUUAUAAAGAACAAUAUAAAAUAUUAAAUUUAAAUUCAUUUUAUUUAAAUUGUGACGAUAAAAAAAAUAAUUGCGUUUUAUUGAAAGACAAUACCGUCGUUUGCAUCCACAAUAUUGCUAAAAAUCAAAAUAAUAAUCUGUACAUUAUAGGAAGAAAAUUGAUACCUGAUAUGAAUUUGUUCACUACACCAUGCGAAUCACAACUUCUUGGAAUAGCCGUAGCCAAACAAAAUAGACAUAUAGAAUCAUGGCUCUGCCAAAGUAUAUACGCAAAAAUUUAUAAAAUUCCGUACAAAAAUAAAUUUAUUGUUUUGCCAAUAUUACAUACAAUCAUAUCAUAUCAUGAUGAAUGUGUAGAUCAUGUGUAAAUAAUGAAUGUAUAGAGAUGACCAUAUGUAUAGGUUUUAGAAGUCUUAAUAAUAAUGCAUUUUUAUUGAAGUAAUGUUAAACGUAUUCCAUAACUGUCCUGACCCUAUAUAUAUAAUUUUGUGAUACUUUAACAACUUAACAAACUUGUUUAACAACUCUUAAUGACAUUGUUAACAUCAAUAAGACAUAAUUGAAACGUUGUUUGACAUUAUCUUAUUCUUUUUAGGAUAAAAUAUUGCAACAAUAUAUUGCAAUGAUAUCACUGUAAUAUUUCAAUGUUAUUAUCAAUGUGUAAUACAUCAGUAAUAUUUCUGUGAUAUUUCACAGUAAUAUGUAAUAUUACUGUGAUAUUGCAAUAUUACUGUGAUAUCACUGUAAUAUUACGUGCUAUGUGGGUUGUAUCCAUACGAGUAAACCCUGGUCAUCCAUACAUCUCUACGCAACAUUUGGUGCCUCCUGUGAGGUCGUUUGCGACGAGAAACGGACGACACCGGAUCGGACAGGAUUCGACACAUCGGAACACGUGGCAGCCGGUUCGAAGGAUCAGCGCACAGCGCGACUGGGACCGAGAUUCAGGCGAGUCAAUUUCAUUUGUUUAUUUAUCGAUUAAUCUCUCCUUUCCUUCAAUUAUCCGAUACAUACAACAUGACCGAUCAAAUUAAAUUUAUCCUUCAGAAACGAGCGUCAUUAAAAUCACAAAUUACGGGUCUAACAAACAUAAUCGAACGCGAACGAUAUGAUAAAACCGCGUUAAAGUUGCGUAUGACACGAAUCACAGAAUUAUACCAUGCCUACGAAGAAUUUAAUGACGAGCUCAUGCUCUUAGAGUCAAACGACAAUCACAACGACAAAUUCACAAGCGUACAAGACAGAUAUUAUUUGUUAACCGCCAAGGUUAAUGAAAUUGUAAAGCCGAACGAGCCGCCGCCCGACGCAAUCGCCGGACCCUCGAACGUCGUAUUAGCCACCGAAAACGCGGGAAAUACUGUGACCACAAAACGAAAAAUAAAACUACCGGAAACAGCUUUACCGACCUUUGAUGGCCGAUAUGAAGAGUGGCUAACGUUUAAAAAUACUUUCCUCGAAAUGAUAGACGUACGAACGGAUCUCGCCGAUACGGAGAAACUGCAAUAUCUGAAAUCCGCAUUAAAAGGCGACGCAGCCAAUAAGAUCAAACUCUUAACCAUCGAAGGCGCGAGCUACAGUAAAGCGUGGGAAUUGCUGACUCGUGCAUACGAAGUAAAACGAAUUUUGAUUUCGCGACACCUCACGCUGCUCAAUAAUUUACCCACGUUAGAAAAGGAGACCACGGAUGGCCUGACUAGACUUGCCGACGACACGCAGCAACAUGUCGCAUCAUUGAACGCGCUAGGGGUCAAUAUGUGGCAUCUGAGAGUUUAGUGAACCUGUUAGAAAGUAAGUUACCAAAGAACACCGCUGAAAAAUGGGAAGAAACGCUUGAUCGAGACGAAUUUCCGAAAAUAGACGACCUAUACGAAUUCUUAUAUCGAACCGCAGUCCGUGUUUCUAAACGCACCCGAAUAGAGAGCAACAGACGAGAAGAUAUCGUCAACGGCAGGAAAACGGGCGCGACUAACUAGCAAGGCCUUCGUAGUUAAUAAGGUCAAUAAUUGCACCGCUUGCGGGAUUAAACAACAUCCGUUAUUUAAAUGCGACAAGUUCAGACAGCUAGACAUUCCUAAACGCAUUGAAAUAGUAAGAAAGGCCAGACUGUGUUACAAUUGCAUGCGUUCUCAUGUAGGUAAAACAUGCAAAUACACGAAUUGUACUAUUUGCCACAAACGACAUAAUACAUUGCUACACCUCGAAAGAAAAACAAACGCGGAAGGUUCCGGCGCGACCGACUCAAAAAUGGCAAAAGACGAAUGACUAUCGGAGAGAUCGGAAAGCGAUACCACAUGUCUGGCGGCCAUCUCACCGGCAUUUGUUUCACAAUUGAUGACGACCGCGAUGAUAUUUGUUCAGGAUCAUAACUUCAGCCGAAUAAAAUGUCGGGCAUUUUUAGACACGUGCGCUACAGCUAAUUUUAUUUCGGUAAAUUUCGCGAAACACUUGAAGCUUCCGGUAUCGCCAUGCGCAGUGUCGGUCGGUGCGAUUAAUUCUAUGAGUACGGUAACAAAGGGUGUUGUGCGGAUAAUCAUUCAAGCGCGACAUGACGAAUUCACUAAAGAAUUAACGUGUUUAAUCGUCCCGACGAUCUCGGAUUUAGUCCCGUCGGAAGUUUUCUCGCGAAAGGGUGUAAAAAUAUCAGAAAACAUUAAUCUAGCCGAUCCAGAAUUUCAUUUACCACGUCCGGUAGAUUUAUUGAUCGGGUCCGGUACAACAUUAUCAUUAUUUUCACCCGGUCAGGUCAAUUUAUCCUCUAGAGACCGCGAUCUCUAUUUGCAGAAUACUCGGCUUGGUUGGGUCGUAGCCGGCGGACUCACGACCGGAAGUAAUUAUACAAUUAGUCAUUUAUGUACACUAACGGACUUAGAAACACAAAUCGCUAGAUUUUGGACAGCCGAAGAAAUACCAAACGAUUCGUCAGAUUCAGUCGCGCGACACGAUUGUGAAGCACACUUUUGAGAAAUGUUACCCGCAACAACGACGGACGAUACAUAGUGCGACUACCGUUUCGCAAUAAGGAAAGACAAUUAGGAAAUUCACGAAACCCCGCACUUAAACGUUUAUAUUCACUCGAGCGCAAAUUAGAUUUGAAUCCAGAAUUAAAAAUAGCGUAUACACAAAUCAUUCAAGAAUAUUUAAAUUUAAAGCAAAUGACAUUAAUUGACGAUUCAACUAACGAUGGAUUUUACAUGCCACCAUGCAGUGAUAAAGGCAGCGAGUAACACCACGCGGGUCCGCGUAGUUUUUGACGCGUCUGCAAAAACAGAGAUCGGUACGUCAUUAAAUGAUCAGUUAUUAGUCGGACCCACCAUACAAGACAACUUGUUCGCACAUUUAAUUCGAUUUCGCGUAUAUAGAUUCAUGCUCAGUGCCGAUAUCGAAAAAAUGUAUAGACAAAUAUGGUUACACGAAGAUGAUCAAAGAUAUCAACGCGUCCUGUGGCGUCAUAAUAAUGAGAUUCGCACUUUCCAACUUAAUACACUCACAUUCGGAGUCGCAUCUUCGCCAUAUCUCGCCAUCCGGACGAUUCAUAAAUUAGCGGAUGAUGAAGACGAAAAAUAUCCCGAUGCCGCGCGAUUACUCAAAACGCAUUUAUACGUCGAUGACCUACUUACAGGCGCGAAUACCGUGGACGAAGCGCGUAGAUUACGAGAUGAAGUAAUUGCUCUACUUGUUCGGGGUGGCUUUAAUAUACGACAAUGGGCCUCUAACGACAAACGCAUCAUUCAAGAUCUAAGUCCCGAUGCCAUAAACUCUAAUCUCGACUUUAGUAAGAAUAACUCUCUGAAAACGUUGGGAGUAGCGUGGGAUGCCCGAAACGACGCGUUACACUAUUCGGUUCACAAAAUCAAUUACGCCGAGAGGAUUACAAAACGGAUUGUCAUCGCGGAGAUAGCCAAGAUUUUCGACCCAUUAGGAAUGAUAGGACCAAUCACGUUGUUCGCCAAAAAAAUGAUGCAAGACCUAUGGAAAUCAAAAAUAGGAUGGGACGAACCCAUACCCCCUAAUAUACAAUCAACGUGGACGGAAUUUAUGUCGCAAUUAGAAAGCAUUAACGAUCUAUCUAUCGAUCGCGCGGCAAUUAUUCCCAAUCAUAAAAUCAUACAAAUUCACGGAUUUUGCGACGCAAGCAAGGCAGGAUAUGGUGCAUGUUUGUAUUUACGUUCCACCGAUCAAAACAACAAGAUACAUUGCCAUUUAUUAUGCGCCAAGAAUAGAGUCGCUCCAUUAAAAACCGUGACAAUACCGCGACUCGAGCUAUGCGGAGCGCUUUUACUAGCCAAAUUAUACGGCGAGGUACGUAAAGCGGUGAAACUUAAUCCGAACAAGGUCAUAUUAUGGAGCGAUUCAAUGAUUGUUUUACAUUGGAUAAGAACUUCGCCUCAACGUUUAAAAACGUACGUUUCCCAUCGAGUCGCUCAAAUCCAGGAGCUUACGAAUCCUCAAAUUUGGCGGCAUGUCAAUUCGAAAAAUAAUCCUGCCGAUGCUCUUUCCCGGGGUCAGUUACUGACCGUUUUCUUGAACAAUCAACAAUGGUUCUCAGGUCCAUCGUGGCUGAAAGGGAAUGAAAAUAAAUGGCCUCAAGGAGUUACAAAAUUAAUCGAAAUACCGGAAAUAAAGGGAAGCAAAUGUUUAAUCACUGACUUUAAUGACCAUAAUAUUUUGCAAAGAUAUUCUUCCUACGCCAAAACGUUACGAAUUGUGGCAUUAUGUCUACGUUUCCGACCAAAAAACAUAUAUCGGGGACAAUUAUGCUCACAAGAAAUAGAAGAAGCCGAAAUAAGAGUGAUAAAAAUCAUUCAGGCCUCCCGUUUCUCAUCCGAAUUGAAAAAACUUACAAAUAAUCAAGCAAUAAAUAAUAAUAUCGCAUCAUUAAAUCCGUUUAUCGAUCAACACGGUCUAAUUCGCGUUGGCGGACGUCUCAGAAAUUCGAACUUAACCUUUGCACGGAAGCACCCCAUUUUGAUUCCAAAUCAUCACUUCUUAACAAAUCUCAUCAUUAAAGAAACACAUGAAAAACAUUUUCAUUCAGGUGUUCAAACGACACUAUACAUUAUCAGACAGAAAUUUUGGCUAUUGGAUGGCAGAAAUCAAGUACGCAAAAUUAUACGUUCAUGUGUUCGCUGCUUUCGUUUCGACGCCAAUACGAUUAAAUACAAAAUGGGCGAUUUACCGAAAUCCCGAGUAUCCGAGGCUAUACCGUUCGCUAAUUCGGGGGUCGAUUUUUGCGGUCCGUUCUACAUCAAAGAAAAAAAAUAUAGAAAUCGAAAUCGUAUUAAAGUGUACGUUUGCGUGUUCAUCUGCAUGGCUAUCAAAGCAGUACUUUUAGAAGUAGUCAGCGAUCUGACUACAGAAGGAUUUUUAGCCGCGUUGCGACGAUUUAUAUCUAGGCGAGGUAUUCCGACACAUAUUUUCUCCGAUAAUGGGACCAACUUCAUCGGUGCGAAUAAUCACCUAAGAGAAUUAUACGUUCUUUUCAACUCCGAUGAACAUAAAGAUCGAGUCAAUCGAUUUGCUAUUGACCACCGAAUUACGUGGCAUUUUAUUCCUCCUAUCGCUCCACAUUUCGGUGGCUUAUAUGGGAAUCAACAGUAAGACUGUUUAAACACCAUUUUAAACGCGUUGU